AUGCCUAGUGCCUGGUCAUUCAGCAUGGGACUCAAACUCACCUUUUGUUUAGCUGUCGAAUUCACACUCACUCAAAUCGAUCUCCUGAAGCGUUUGCAAUCAGCUUAUCCUGUCUUCUCUUUACCACCAAAUAGCACGACUGCUUUGGAGGCUUUUAGAGCCGGGCAGCUGAUUUCACCUCUUGCCAUUGAAGGACUUCAUCAAAUCGGAAAUUCGAUCUCAAACCUCCGCCUGUUCCAUACUUUAGGCGUGAGGUACGCUACUCUCACUCACAACUGCCACAAUAUCUACGCCGAUGCCGCCUUGCUUGAGCAAGAUCAUGGCGUAGUUGUUGCGGAGCCAAAGUGGGGAGGCGUCUCUCCUGCAGGACGAGACCUCAUUCACGAAAUGAACCGCCUUGGAAUGAUCGUUGAUCUCGCCCAUGUCAGUCAAGAUACUAUGCGCGACGUCCUCGGUGGGUCGGAUCAUUGGGAAGGAAGUGCUGCACCACCAAUCUACAGUCACUCUUCUGCCUACGCUUUAUGCCCACAUCCACGAAAUGUUCCAGAUGACAUUCUGCAUUUAGUGAAGAAGAAAAAUAGCGUUGUCAUGGUCAACUUCAGCCCAGACUUUGUAUCUUGUGUUGCAAAUUCGUCUGACCCAUCUGGGAUGCCAAUUUUCGACCCAUCCAACUCAACACUUGCCCAUGUCGUUCGACACAUCGUGCAUAUAGGGGAGUUGAUCGGAUAUGACCACGUUGGCCUUGGAAGCGAUUUUGAUGGAAUUCCAACCACGCCUACCGGCCUCGACGACGUUAGUAAAUUUCCAGACCUUGUCGCAGAGAUGCUCUCCCAGGGUGUCAGUGACAAAGAUGCGGCUAAGGUAGUUGGUGGAAACAUUUUACGGGUAUGGGGGGAUGUAGACGAGGUUGCUCAUAAGAUGCAGGCUGCUGGUGAAAAGCCUCUUGAGGAUGAACUACCUAGUCUGAGAUGGCUAUGA